UCCACUGCAAUGUCACGUCGGCUAUUGCUUCGCAUUCCACGGAAAGAAGACAGAAUAAGUGAUUUACCUGACUCUCUUCUUGAUCACAUUCUCUCAUUCCUUCCAACAAAAGACGCCGUCGCCACGAGCAUCCUUUCAAAACGUUGGAAACCACUCUGGCGUUCACAACUCAGCCUUUACUUCGAUGACAGAUCUUUUCCAGGCACUCUCGCCUUUUGCCAAUUCUUCUAUUCUUUCGUCACCAUGCGAUUGCGAGAUAGCAUCCUACCUAUCCUCUCAUUCCAUCUUAAUUUUCACUACCGCUUCUACAACAAAGAUUUUCACAAUUUUCUUUAUGUGCCUAUUACAAGAGGACUUCAAACUCUAAUCAUCCAUAUCUCCCACUCACAUUAUUCUAACACAUUGCCUUCAUUCGUUCUAACCAGCAACACCUUGUCGGUCCUCAAAUUGAUCAAGAUAACAUUGAACGACGCUCCCUGCGUUGAUCUUCCCUCACUCAAAGUCCUUCACUUGAAAUAUGUCACUUUCAAAUGUUACGCAUAUCUCCAAAAACUUCUAGCUGGCUGUCCCAUUCUACAGGACUUGCAAACAAAGCAUCUAAGAAUGAAGAUCCCUAAUAAGAUGUAUAAUUUAGGUUUUGCCAUAUCCAGUUUGGUCAGAGCUAACAUUUCCGGUGAUAUCAUGAUUAUUAGCCUUGAGUGGUUUCAUAAUGUGGAGCAUCUCCGCAUACAACUGAACUGGAUUCCCCAUACUAUAAGGGGCAUGUUUCACAAUUUAACACACUUGGAGCUUAUAUUCAACUUUGACUUUCCAUCAUUAGAGAUUUUGAAGUGGAGUUGGAUCAUAAAACUGCUUCAAAAUUCCCCCAACCUUCAAACUCUUGUCAUUCAUGAGGUGCAUUUAGAUGCAGUAUACUGUGAUACAGAAUGGGAUUCUACUUUAUUAAUUCAUUCUCAUUUUUAA